AUAACACAGCAAACGUACAACAAUUAUUAACAUUUUUCUGGGGCCCUCAUGAGGCCGGAGAGUCAGUCAGUGGAGGAGAGGAGCUCCGGGAGCAGGCUCAACUUUCCCCGGGACACACUGCAGCUUUCCUGGCGUCAUGACUCUCUACCACGGCCGUCUUCCGUCGCUCGGAGUGACAUCCUCGGCUUUGAGCCUCUCCGCUUCCCCGUUGAUCUACUUGUACGGAGGGGACAGCGGCGGCGUCGUGCCCACCGCCCUGAGCUUCGUGCCGACCCGCCAUGAACCCCCGCAGAAGCCGCCCUACAGCUACAUUGCGCUCAUCGCCAUGGCCAUCAAGAGCGCGCCAGAGCAGCGCGCCACGCUCAGCGGCAUCUACCAGUUUAUCAUGGACCGAUUCCCUUUCUAUCACGACAACAAGCAGGGCUGGCAGAACUCGAUCCGCCACAACCUGUCCCUGAACGACUGCUUCAUCAAGGUGCCCCGAGAGAAGGGCCGGCCGGGCAAAGGCAGCUACUGGACGCUGGACACCAAGUGUCUGGAUAUGUUUGAAAAUGGCAACUACCGCCGGAGGAAGAGGAAGGCCAAGUGCCAGCAGGAGGCUCUGGACUCUAAAGCCACUGGACACAAGCGCACCAAGGGCCCGGGACAACCCAGGGACCCUCAAACCUCUCCGAAACAUCAGACUGGCUCCAGGAUAACAGAAGUACCCCCCAGGGAUGAGGAGGAGAGGGGAUCACACGCAGACAGAAAACCUGUUCUUGCCGAGUUUAACCACGCGGAACAGCCGCAAACCCCCUCCAUACAGAGACUUAAAGUGUCUCCUACUCAGUACACCAGUGACUCCGCCGUGAGGGAGCUUAACGCCCCACAGUCGGAGCAAUGCUCCGCUCCAAAGCACGCUCCGCUGUGGAUGGACGAUGUGCAGCUCCCAGUCGCGGCUCUUGACCCGAAAUCAGAGGAGAGAAAGUCUGCAUUCAGCCAAAGAGAAAGAGGUCCACUCUGCACAGUCAGCUGUGCAGGAAACACAAACCUGACCGCACCUGCGCCAGACAGGCCGAAAGGAAAUGCACUGAACAGGGAGAAAUCCAAAGGUUUUAGCAUAGACAGCAUUUUGGCCAAGAGUGAGGAAGAAAUACGAGGCGGCAUCCUCGGUGUGCCAGCGGAGACGUGCGCACAGGGUCAAAGUCCAGCGUUCAGUGCGUCCGUGGUCCUUGGUGCGCGUCAGCAUCAGUUAUACCAGAUGGGAUUUCCAUUUUGUUCUUACCUGUCACUCGCCUGCCCCGACAAAGUGCUGCAUUUUAAAUGACUAUCAGGUUUUUGCGUAUUUUACGCGCUAGUGCGUAAAAGUGUAAAGUCUGUAGGUCGCUUUACCUGCUGAGUUACUGCGCUAGCUCAGUGUUUGAGAAGAAACAGCAUCGACUUUAAAGUUCAGACAAUGACAAAGAAGGAAGACCUUUAACUCCAUCUUUACGCAUGCGUCCUUUGCAGGUUUGUGGUUAUAAUUCGUUUUUUUUCCCUUCUUUUUUCCCCAAAGUUGUUGCUCCUCAGAAUCUGUGGCUGCGGAAAGCAUAAUGUUCAGCAUAAUAAACGGGUGAAAAGGCAAUGUAAAUAUUCAUAUAUGCAAAACUUUUAUUCAUGAUGGUGGAAGCCCUUAAGCAAACACGGUGCGCAAUUUAAAAAUAAUUUUUAUUGUCAUGUCUGGGCCUGAAGAUGCCAUGCAAUAUGAAGUUUAGUACUCAGUAGUGAUAUAACCAAAACCUAUGAUAUUUUCCACUCUGCUCUGGAUUUGAACAUUUAUUUUACUGUAAAAUAAAAUCCAGUCAAUAACGUGGACAUGAUUUAUUUGAAACUGUGGUACGAAACAAU